GAUGUAUUACGCAUCCAAGGACAGUUGUGUUACGAUAAGCUAGCGUGCUCAAGUAGCAUCAAUUUUUUGCCAUUGCGAGUCCAAGUGCAUUCCUUCUUUUUUCCCUUGCUGUCUGUUAUUAAAUUCAAGGUAGAAAGAACACAGCUGGUAUUAAUCGAUACCAGUCGGUGCCGGACAUCGCGAUCUAACGUUCGGUAUUUCAAAUUGGAUUUGAUAACGAAUCAAGAGGUGUGAGUGCGUGUGUGAAUCGGCGCCGAAAUUUUCAAAUUCGCUGGAAGAAAGGACAAAUUAGUACCAUGAAGUACAUCGCGGCGCUCGACGUCGGCACCACCACGGUACGCUUCCACAUUCUGGACGAGAAAGCGGUCACGGUAGCUUCCUCGGCGGAGAAGAUAAAACUGAUUUAUCCAGAGCCUGGAUUUGUGGAGAUAGAUCCGGAUCAUUUAUGGGAGAUUAUAGUAAAAGUAAUCAAGGAUACAUUGAAAAACAGCGAGAUCGAUCCAAAGUCCAUCGUUUGCUUUGGAAUCUCGUCGCAACGAGCCAGCUUUAUUACCUGGGAUUUGAAGACUGGGAGGCACUAUCACAGAUUUAUAACAUGGAAGGAUCAACGUGCGGCUUCUCUGGUCGAUGAAUGGAAUCAGUCGAUGACGAUGGCAGGAUUGCGAACAGCCUCUCGUAUUUUGUACACUCUUACGAAAAGCAAACGCUUUAUGGCCGGUAGCGUGUUUAAGUUUAUGAAUAUGCAGGUUACCUUGAAAUUAGUAUGGGUUCUCCAAAAUAUACCAGGUUUUCGAGAAGCAGCAUCUAACGGAGAAGCGGCAUUUGGAGGCAUAGAUUGCUGGCUUUUAUACAAAUUAACAGGAAAGCAUGUAAUGGAUGUUUCAUGUGCCUCAGCCACUGGUAUAUUCGACCCAUUUACAAUGGAAUGGGCUAAUUGGGUGUUAAAUAUUUUAAAAUUACCACGCAAUAUUCUUCCUGAAGUAGUCGAUACAGUGGGCAACUUUGGAACUAUACCCGAAAGCGUGUUCGGGGCUGAAAUUCCCAUUUAUUGCUCAAUGGCCGAUCAAGCAGCAUCCUUAUUUGGUUCAGGAUGCUUCAAGACUAGUGAUCUUAAAGUUACUAUGGGGACAGGUACUUUUGUGAAUGUUAACAUGGGAGCGGAAGCACACGCAUCAGUUGCUGGACUUUAUCCAGUUGUUGGAUGGCGAAUCGGAAAAGAACUAAUAUAUGUUGCAGAAGGAUCUUCAAGCGACACCGGUAUAUUAAUCGAAUGGGCUAAGUCAAUAGGAAUUGUGAGUGACGCUAUGGAAACAGCUGGUAUGGCAAACUCAGUCAAUGACACUGAUGGGGUAUAUUUCGUCCCGGCAUUCAGCGGACUACAAGCGCCUAUAAAUGAUUAUACAGCUGCAACUGGUUUCUUAGGAGUAAAGCCCACUACGAAAAAAGAGCACAUCAUUCGAUCUUUAUUAGAGAGUCUCGUUUUUAGGAUACAGCUACUUUACGAAUGUUUGUGCAAGGAAACUUCUUUCACAUACCAAAAAAUAAAAGUCGACGGUGGAGUUUCCAAAAAUGAUUUUAUUAUGCAAUCGUUGGCUGACUUAACGGGGUUGGAAGUGGAACGUCCGGUAUCUGUUGAGAUGUCCAUUUUAGGGGUAGCAUUUCUAGCUGGUUUACAAUGCGGAUUGUGGAAGAGCAGAGAAGAAGUAUCGAUGCUACGUCAAGUAGAUAGGAUAUUUAAGCCAAACAAAGAAUCGCAAUCAUCUUAUCAGCAUGCGUUUAGCCAAUGGAAACGCGCAAUGGAGCGCUUCAAAAAUUGGUACUGACAAUACUUUCUGAAUCAAAAACAUAUUUUUUACGAAUAUAUUAAGAAUUUAUGAUAAUAUGAAAGCAUGUACAAUGUAUUUAUACCAUUCAACAUCACAAUGUUGAUUAAUACAUAUUAAGUAUAAAUAUAUUUGUAAUUAAUUAAA